AUGGGUGUGCACGACCUGUGGUCCAUUCUGGGGCCGGUUCGGGAGGCGGUGCCGUUGUACAGCCUCACGGGAAAGACCCUGGCCGUGGACCUUAGCCUGUGGGUCGUCGAGGCCCAGCACGUCCAAGCAAUGAUGGGGAAAGUCACCAAACCUCACCUCCGGUAAUAUGCGCAGAGAUUCACAAAUGCAAAAGUUUGAAAAACAAUUUAAACUCUGACAUUGAGACAUAGGCAUUAAACCCUGAUCCGAUUCCACAUUAUGUACCUGAUUAAUCAUUUGCAUGAUUAAUCAAUCGGGCGACUUACUAUUGGUCUGCUGUUUCAAAAUGAAAUCCCUUUUAUGCAGAGGAACAACAACUCCCUGGAAUGAGAAUUAUGGAUUUUAUUAUUUCUCUCUUUCAGGAAUCUGUUUUUCAGAGUAUCCUCUCUCACACUGAUGGGGGUAAAGCUCGUUUUUGUCAUGGAGGGAGAGGCCCCUAAACUCAAAGCAGAGACCAUGAGCAACAGGACAGACAUGAGAUUCAGGGGGUUAAAAAAGUCAGCCCCUAAAAAAACUACUACAAAGACCAACAACAGGGGGCACUUCAAUGCUGUGCUGAGAGAGGUGGGUGGACGGAAGUUGUGGCAUUCAUCACCCUCAUUGAUUGAUUUAAAGCUGUGUGUGUGUGUCUGUGUGUGUCUGUGUGUGUCUGUGUCUGUGUGUGUGUGUGUGUGUGUGUGUGUGUGUGUGUGUGUGUGUGUGUGUGUGUGUCUGUCUGUCUGUCUGUCUGUCUGUCUGUCUGUCUGUCUGUCUGUCUGUCUGUCUGUCUGUCUGUCUGUCUGUCUGUCUGUCUGUCUGUCUGUCUGUCUGUCUGUCUGUCUGUGUCUGAGUGUGUCUUUCAGAGUGGCUGUGUGUGUAGCUGCGUAUGCAUACAACAUGCGUAUAGAGGCAUAAGUCAGUAUUAUGCACAUGUGUUUUUAAAAAUGAUCUGUGUGUACCCACUACCCAUCUCUCUCUUCCCUCCAGUGUGCAGAGAUGCUGGACUGUCUGGGUGUCCCCUGGGUGACAGCGGCAGGGGAGGCAGAGGCCAUGUGUGCCUUCCUGGAUGCCCAGGGCCUGGUGGACGGCUGCAUCACCAACGAUGGAGAUGCCUUUCUCUACGGAGCGCAGACCGUCUACAGAAACUUCAACAUGAACACCAAGGUAAUGCGUUUGUGUAUUUAAAUUAGGUAUGUUACAUUUCAUUUGUAAGGGGUGUGACAUUGAAGAGAGAAGUAUUAAAACUUAUGAUUUAGUUAAUGAACCUCUAGUGGAUGCAUCCAAUCUGUAAAUGCUGUACUUGUAGGUUUCUGUUGUCUGAAUGCUCAAGAAAAUAAUCCCUGCUGUAUCAUUCCCGCUGUUGUAGGAUCCACAGGUGGAUUGUUACAGGACUUCUAGGGUGCAAACAGAGCUACAGCUAGCCAGAGAGACACUUGUGGGUCUGGCCAUCCUUCUGGGCUGUGAUUACAUUCCUAAGGUAUAGGAGAGGGGGACUGCUAAUGACUAGAUCAGCUUCUAAGGGGGUAAAACACACUUACACCAACUGUAGAAUAUACAAUAUUACUGUUUUGUUUUUGUUACUAUGACAUGUUUUGUUUUCUUACCACAAGGGUAUACCAGGAGUUGGGAAAGAGCAAGCUCUAAAACUCAUACAGACAUUAAAAGGACAAACACUUCUACAAAGGUAAGAAACUAAAAGUAUAAGACAUUCCUUUUUGUUUCACCCUCCAGCACACUGAUUAAAAAGAGGAGAGACUAAUAGAGAAACAUAAACAGUCUGUAAUCCAGUAGUUUUAACUAGGUCUUAUGUAAACAUGUACACUCCCCUAUGUAUUUAUUUAUUUGGACAGUAAUGCUAAAACUUUUAUUUUGGCUUUAUACUCCAGCAUUUUGGAUUUGAGAUCAAAUGUUUUAUAUGAGGCGACAAUACUGAAUGGUGAUGAUGAGGUAUUAUGCAAACAUGUAUAUGAUAUAAUAGUCUAUGCCUAUCCUAUACCCUCUCCUCUCCCAUGACAGGUUCAGCCAGUGGAGGGAGGAGGGUGUGGGUGUGCCAGAGUGGAUCCUAAAGAAGGUCCCUCACUGCAAUCUGUGUCGCCAUCCUGGUGAGUUACUUAGGCCCUCCGUCAAACUCACUUCAGCCCCUCGUCCUGAUAAGAAGUGUAAAUCAGGAGGGUGGGUGGGUGGGGAGGGGAGGGGUUUCCCAGGAUGAGGUGACUCGCAUGUGGUGGAUCAAGACCAUUUAAAAAUACUGUGAUGAUGAAGGCAUCUACAUGUGAGACGCUUUAGUUUGCUAAUACGUCUUCAGCAUUGUAGCUCCUAAGUAAAGUUAGUGUACUUAGUCGAGAUCAGUAUUAAAUGUCUCUGUAUGGUGGUUCAAAGCUAUCUGCUAUGAUUAUUGGGGCUGUAGCCUAUCAGUCCAGUCACCCUGAAUUGACCUCUCUGAUGAAUUGACCUCUCUGAUGAAUUGACCUCUCUGAUUUUGUCUGUCACUCCUUUUUCUGUUCCUAACCAUCUCCUAACUAACAAACUGCUACCACUUCAUUAUGUUAUUCUCUAUCACUCUCUCUUCAUUCUCUCUCUCUCUUUCUCAUCAUACUCUUUUAUCUCUUUCUCCUUCUCUCUCAGGGUCAGCCAAGACCCACGAGCGCAGUGGCUGUGUGUUGUGUGACAGCAAGCACUUCUGUGAGCCUCAAGACUAUGACUACGAGUGUCCCUGUGACUGGCACCGCUGUGAGCAGACACGACAGGCCUCUUCAACAGAAGCCAACAUCAGGAAGUGAGGCCCUGUUUGCACCAAAUUCACUCAUUCCUAUAAUAUACACAUUUAUUGAUUACAAUAUUGCUUAUGUAAUUUAAUUGAAAGGGGGAACAAACAUGUCUUGUUCCUUUACAUAUAUGGUGUUGAUUUGUUUUCAGGAAAACACUGGCAAGUGAUAAGUUCCCUUUUACAGAGGUAAAGUAAAUACAGUUAUUAUCUUAAGUUACUGAAUCUGUGUAAUAUCAUGUGUAAAGGAUACAAGCCAAGAUAAGGAUGUCAUUUCCUGUAUGGACAUUUUGUAUUUCAGAUCAUAAAUGAAUUUCUGGUAGACAAAGACAAGCCUGUCCACAAUUUCAAAUGGAGGACACCGAACAUGCUAUUAACGCAGGUAUUCAUUCAAAAAUGAAUAUUUUUUAACAGAUGCAAUUAAUAAAUAAUGUAUUACCUAAUUUGUCUGUUAGUCAAAUAACUUGUAAUAUUUUUUUUGUCUGUGAUCCAGAACUUUGCGUAUGAUAAGAUGGAGUGGCCUAAGCACUAUACCAGUGAAAAGGUUCUGGUCCUGAUGACGUACACUGAGCUGAUGAACAGAAAACAUGGAAGAGCGACGUCAUCACAGAUAAAACCACUACGGUACGGUCCCAUUCACACUCCAAUGGACUUCUCUGAGUGUAAAAUAUGGAAGUUACUCGCUUGUAGGCUAUAGAUAUUUUUAAUAUUACAUAUUAAAUUGUAUUUUAAAAUCCUCCCUGUUAACAGUAUAUGGAAGCCAAGAGUGAGGAAUGCAAUCGCCAGCUUUGAAAUCAUCUGGAGUAAGCCAGGUCAGUUUGAUCAAAUGAAACAGUGCUUCCUAUGAAGCCUUCCAUUUUCAAAAACCAUUAUGCUUAUGAAUGAGGGAUCAUUGCAGACGUUCCUUCUCUUUAUAUUAUCAGCAUUGCCCCCAUUGUUAUUGUUCUAUGAUAGUUUUUUGUAUUGUACUCUCCAAGCCAACUGAAAUCACAGUUUUCCAAACCUCUUAUUACCCUGUACCGGUUUGAUGUACUGUAUUCCUGUUAUGACAUCAGAGUUGCCUCAAUAACGAUUGGGGUGACAGUCUGUUUUGACCUAUGCAGAGUCUCUAUAAACCGGGGCUUCUCUGCCUGUCUCCGUGUUGUCUGUUAGUGACUUGUUGUGAGGUGGGGUUCAGAGGGGGGCAGAGGUGACAGAACAGCCACAACACCAUCAGGUGCUAAAAUGGCUUCCUCCCGGGCUGGGAAAACUGUCAUAUCAAAGUCCCGAAAACUGUCAUACCCCCCCCCCCCCCCCACUAACAACCUCAUCUGAUAUUUCAGACCUCACUGGGCCUGAGCUAACUACUGAAAUACCAUCCCCAAAUCUGUAUUAUUAUUUUGAGGGGGGCGUGGUUUGCAUCUGUAUGGUGAUUCAGCAGACAACACACAUAUUACACAAAAGACUGGAUACAAUUGUAUUGUUUGAAUUGUUUCAUAUCAUAUUUUCCGCCUGUAAAAAAUUGCUACUUUGUUUUUAGUAAUUUUGUAGUUUCGUCCAUGAUAUCCUCCCUGCAGAUCACUAUGUGUUUCCUGAGGACCACCCUGGGGACAGCCAGGACGAGGUGAGGACGGUGGAGGAAGAGGCUCUGUUCCGCCUGGCCUACCCACACGUGGUGGAGCUGUACCUCAGGGAGAAGGCUGAGGCUGAGAACAAGACCAAGAGUAAGGUCAACAUAUUAUGGCUGGAGAACAUAAUGUAUUAUGCUUACAUUUAAUUAAGAUUAAAUGACCUUAAGUUAUUGAUAUGAAAAUACAAUGAAUGUUAAUUCAUUUAGAAUGAUUGACAUUCUGAUACGAUAUUGACUGACAAUAACAUAUUGAUAUACUUUAUUGACGUAAAAUGAUACAGAGUUUUUUAAAACCGUAUUCAAUUUGUCCUUGGGGAGAAACGGGACGCCCCUAAACUUAACAGGCUCAACGACUGCUCACUACUUAGCUCAGACAGGGUGCGGAUCAAAGGCACCUGGAGCUUUGCGAUGUUUUUCAGUCUCUCUCUUAUAGGCCCUCUGACACCUGGACAUACAGGGUUUGGCAUCUCCGCUCCCUCACAUCAAGGCUUUGAUACACCAGAGGUGUCUGUCACACAGGAGCUGCUGUCACGUUAGACAGGUUGGGGCUGGCUCCCCCUGUAGCUCAGUGCUGUAGAGCAGGGGUACCCACAGUAGACUGGGUAGCGCCAACCAAGGGUACUUGGACUUGAAGAGACAAACUGUUAUGGUGGAUUUUGUAUCUGCCAUUUUGUCUCUUAUAUUUUCUGUCUUUCGUUUUCAGAGAAGAAACCGAGGAGUAAGAAAGACAAGCCUUCGGAUCCCUGUGAUGUUUCUGACCUCCUGGACAAAAUGUCGUUGCACAGUUCCACUGCUGACAACAACACCCAACAACCCUCUGCCACGGCAGCAGCACCGACCAUUACAACCAUUACACCAAGUAACAACUCAGUGUUGGUCCUGGAGGGUCCAGAGUCAGAGUCCCCAAAAAAGGGUCUGGAUCCUGGUAAAGACCAUCCCCGCUUAGAAGUACGUCUUGGAGCUCAGAUACAGAAAGUGAUGUCAUCUCCGUCUUUCACUUCCUCUGGGAAGAUUCCAGAAGCAGCGGCCUCCUCUCCGUCCGUUUCCAUGGUGAUGGAUGCUCUUCACCUGAGUGACAUCGACUGGGAGUCUCAGUCAUUCACGUCCUCCCCGCCCCCGCAGGCUGCUAGCGCUCGCACUGCCACUGACCCCAAGUCAGUCCAAACCACAGAUGAUGGUGUCAAAGAAAGGAUCACGAAACAGGGCCCCUCUACUGAUCUCAGAGCAGCGGAGGCCGUACCAGGGCCGUGUUAUAUAGAGUGUUCGCUGAGGGACAGGGUCCUAAUGAGAAACACCCGCAAGUCUGUGAACAUGGUGGACAAUGAUGAUGUCACCACCAUACACGUAAACUCCCAGUCAGCACCCCUGGAUUUAAUUGAUUCUAACAACAGCGGCCCUAAGCCAAUGGCACUGAUACCCAUUAAAAGCAGCAAUGACUCUAAGCCAUCAGAACAGCCGCUGGUGUGUGGUACGAAAGCCACACUUGUUGAUAAGGGCCAGAGCAUUGCAUUGGCCCGUAAGCCUCAACCUGCUCAUCACAGCUCAAAACCUAGCUCAGUGAACUCAACACAAACAGGCCCAGUCACCUCAACACAAACAAGCCCAGUCACAGCAACACAAACAGGCCUAGUCACAGCAACACAAACAGGCCUAGUCACAGCAACACAAACAGGCCCAGUCACAACAACACAAACACAAAGGGCUAGACAACAUGGUGCCGGUGAACCAAAGCCUCCACAGAAGUACAGAUUUGUAAAGAAGGCCAUAUCCUCUUCUUCCGCUCUGCCGCAAAGGAGCCACUCUGAACCUGGCGACACACAGCCUGGUCGGGAUGACAGGAACAUGAAGUCACAUCAGGAAACCAAGAAGAGCGUGUGCGCCAGUAUGUGUUCAUCGAGCGAGGACAGCGACACAGAGAGCCAGUGUCGGGGAGGAGUGCAGAUCAGGGCCAAAGUCAAACCCAAAAGCAGGCCCAGGUGCCAAUACCUCACAGACUACUCACUGAAACCCACCACCACUACAAAGGCAGUCUGGGACACAGUGACAGCACAGCCCCUCAGGCCUAGAGCUGCGUCUGCCAGUAUGGGUGAACAACCGAUACUAGGCAGCUCUGUGUCUACCUUGGGGAAGUGCCAGGAUGUUCCACCAAUUAGAAUUGAUGAUGACAUUGUGUUCAUUCCAAGUCCCGUUUCCCCAGUGACUGUGUCUGAUGGCGAUGACUCAGUGAUUUGCAGCAAGAGCCCACUGCCAUUGGCAGAGAGGGUGAGGCUGAAGUUCCUGAAAUGA